AGCCUUCCCUUCUCCCUGUUAUGUCUCUCCAUUAUUUCCUAAGACCAGCAACAGCGCUAAAGAGACAGACGAGAGGGCGAGAGAGGGAUGGACGGAUGCCAGUAAACGAAGCAGAAAGAGGAGGUUAACAGUACUGGGUUUCACGCAUCAGACCCCUGGAGUAUUUUCGCAUGUUUCCCUCCUCGCGGCGCUGUCCUAUUAAAAAGCGCCGGAGAGCUGUGACUGGGAUCAUCACAACCUCAGGCAUAAACUGAUGCACGCGCCCGUGCACGGCAUAUGGAUAUACUCUUGUAUAAAAGGGGGUGUUUUUAAAAAAAAAUAUUAUCAUAACAUUUGAAUUUCAGUGUGACAAAUAAGCUCAGAACACCGCUAUCACACACCCACACACAGAGCGGACUGACUCUCUUAUUUUCUCUUUCUGCUGCGCGAAGUUGAGAAGAAAUCUGUGGACCUGAAUCGUGACAGCAUGGACAGAGUCGGUGCGUUAUUUGGCGCAUUCGGCGUCCGUCGCCUUCCCAGGAUAUGGCGCUGCUGGAAGAUUCUCUUUCUGCUCAGCGCUUUCUUUCACAUCUAUCUUGGCUCCUUGCAGGACUGUCCGGCCACAUGCACCUGCUCGUCCACGGAGAUAUACUGCAAUAAGUCUGACGAUAGCAAAUUCUUCCCGCUGCUCUCCUCCCAGGGCGCCAUGAGCGCCGGGAACGGCACCGGGAGCAUCGAAGACCUUUUCCAGAACAUCACCUCCAUACACAUUGAGAACUGGACUGGUCUGCAGAUGUUGAGGGAUGUGGAUAUGGAGCUCUACACUAGCUUACAGAGACUAACAAUUAUGAGGAGCAACCUGCAUACGAUCCCAGCUCGUGUUUUUUCCAGGAACCCCCAUCUGCACUACAUAAACCUGUCCAAGAACCCUAAUUUGACCACAUUGUCCUGGCAGAUCUUUGAACAUUUGCAGCUCUUCGAACUUCAUUUAGAUGAGGUGGUGUUUGCCUGCGGCUGUGAGAUCCGCUGGCUGCAGCUAUGGCAACAGAAAGGAGGUGCAGGGCUAAGCAGUCAACAGGUAUACUGUGCUGAUGGCUACAAGAAGAUACUCCUGCAGGAUAUGAACAUUAGCAGCUGUGACCUGCCAGAUAUCAGCAUCAGCCAUAGCAACCUCACAGUUAUUGAGGGUGAUCAAGUAACAGCAAUCUGUAAUGGCUCUGGAUCCCCGUUACCAGAGGUGGACUGGCCUGUCAACAGCUUGAACUCCAUCAGUACACAACAGGCCAGCGUCUACGACAACAAUACCAUUCAUUCCAUCAAUAUAACUUUGGUCAACGUGAGCAGAGAUGACAACAACUUCCCGUUAACCUGCACCGCUACCAACAUAGUGGGCAUGACCAAUGCUUCUAUCCAGCUAACUGUUCACUUUCCUCCUUCCAUCAUGAAGCUGAAGGAGCCAGAGCGACGCCACGACACAUGUAUCGAGUUUACUGUCCGAGGUUCACCACAUCCAACCUUACGCUGGUUCUAUAAAGAUAAGGAAAUUACCCACACUGAGUAUGUACGGCCUGAUAUGGAUAUUUAUCAGGACUACAUAGAGGGCUGCCUUACCUUUAAAAACCCAACACACCACAACAACGGCAACUAUACUUUGGAGGCUACCAACUAUCUGGGUGAAGCCAUCAGUACUGUGUACGGGCACUUCCUUGACAAGCCCUUUGAAGGUCCAGAAGCAGAUUAUGAUUAUGUAACUCCAACUGCAGAGACACACAAACCUGAGGAAGAUACUUUUGGGAUCUCCAUAGCUGUAGGCUUGGCAGGGAUUGCCUGUUUGAUGCUGGUGGUUCUCUUCCUACUCAUCAACAAGUAUGGACGACACUCUAAGUUUGGAAUGAAGGGACCAGUAGCAGUGAUAAGCGGUGAGGAGGACUCCGCCAGUCCCCUUCAUCAUGUGAACCAUGGGAUUAUCAGCCCCUGUACGCUGGAUGCUGGGCCAGAUGCUGUGGUGAUUGGGAUGACCAGGAUCCCUGUCAUAGAGAAUCCACAGUACUUCAGACAUGGACACAACUGUAACAAACCCAACACCUAUGUUCAGCAUAUUAAAAGGAGGGAAAUUAUUUUGAAGAGGGAACUUGGAGAGGGGGCUUUUGGCAAGGUCUUCCUUGCUGAAUGUUACAACCUGAGCCCCAACAAGGACAAGAUGCUGGUAGCUGUAAAGACUCUGAAGGACCCCACUCUUGCAGCCAGGAAGGAUUUCCAGCGUGAGGCUGAAUUGCUGACCAACCUCCAGCACGAGCAUAUAGUUAAGUUCUAUGGAGUGUGUGUGGACGGAGACCCUCUCAUCAUGGUCUUUGAGUACAUGAAACAUGGAGAUCUAAAUAAAUUUCUCAGAGCCCACGGGCCAGACGCCAUGAUCCUGGUAGAUGGACAGCCCCUGCAGACCAAUGGAGAGCUUGGUCUUUCCCAGAUGCUUCAGAUAGCCACCCAGAUUGCAGCUGGGAUGAUGUACUUGGCAUCUCAACAUUUUGUUCACCGUGAUCUGGCAACUAGGAACUGCCUUGUGGGGAAUGACCUUCUGGUGAAAAUAGGAGACUUUGGCAUGUCCAGAGACAUUUACAGCACAGAUUAUUACAGGGUGGGUGGUCACACCAUGCUACCAAUUCGCUGGAUGCCCCCAGAGAGCAUCAUGUACAGGAAGUUCACCACAGAGAGUGAUGUAUGGAGCUUCGGAGUCAUUCUAUGGGAAAUUUUCACUUACGGCAAACAGCCGUGGUUCCAGCUCUCCAAUAAUGAGGUGAUAGAGUGCAUUACUCAGGGCAAGGUACUGGAGUGUCCCAGGCUUUGUCCCAGGGAAGUCUAUGAUAUUAUGUUUGGCUGUUGGCAGAGGGAGCCACAACAACGCCUCAACAUUAAGGAUAUUCAGAAGAUGCUGUUUGCUCUAAUGAAAUCCACACCAGUUUAUCUGGACAUACUGGGAUAGAAAUGUAUGUGAGUAUACAGGAAUGGGAUGUGUUUGAAAUUUGACCUGAUUAUCGCUGAAGUGGAAUAAAGAUGACUGGAUUGGCAGGAAAUGGAUCACCUUGGAGUGAGAUUGUAGCCUGGACUCACAGAUUUGUCUGUGAUUAAACCAUAUGAAUUGAAAUUAGGCAUAGCACCUUCCUUUAUCCAACUGCCUGAUAAGAAUUGGACUGAACUAACCAAAGUGCAGUUGUGUGUAUUUAACUGGAUUUGAAUAAACUGGAUUACAGUGUAUGAUAUCACAUUAUAAAUAAAUUAAAUUUUGUAUUAAAGUUUUGGACCUUACCUAAAUGGUAGGGUCUGGGCUUGUGUUGUCCUGACUAUCUUAUUAUUUUAAAUGAACUCAUGACUUAACUAUCAUGUAUGGAUUGUGUCAAACCAAACUGAACUGGAUUAACCUGAUUUCACUGGUCUGGUAUGGUUUGUUUUUCUUAUCCUAAUAAUUUAGGUACUAUAAUUUUCUAGCCAAUACAUUUCACCCUGUCUAAAUCAGUCUAGCUUUGGUUCUACACAAGUCUUGAUAAAACCUUACCCAGCCUGGUAGAGUCUGGCUCAACUUGGCUAUAUUUAAAGCAUCCUUUGCUCUAUUAUAUUGACCAAACCAUAAUGUGUUAUCUGUGUACAGUGAUAAGUGAGCCAUGUGUUGGUUUAGCUUAUGUCAGUUUCACAAUUUUCAAUUAGAGCGAUCUUAGUAUACCUUAUAUGGCUAGUAUUUUUCUUUGAUCAUCAAACUGUUUAUCAUCCUCAACUCCCAUGGUGUAUUGUUGAAGUUUAGGAAGAGGACUUCCACAGGGUAAUCACAAUAAAUCUCUUUGCGACAAUCAUACAUACAAAAAUAUAAAAAUACAAGGUAAGGGCAAAUAUUGAUAUUAAAAACAGUACAAUACGGGGCGCCGCAUAGCUCAGUCGGUAGCGCGCGCGACCCA